CAUUUUCCAUUCGGUAAACACUAAUGUGUAAAAAUUAAAAUGAUUUGCCACAAAUUACAUGCGAGGUUAAUACAUAAAUGUAAUAAAACAUUCAAUCGUGUUGCUACAGCGCCUAAAAAUGAGAAAUGGCAAAGUGUGGUCGGGUUAGAAGUGCACGCACAACUCAAAACAGAAUCCAAAUUGUUUUCUGGGUCUGAAAACACUUUUGGAGGGCUUGUUAAUAACUGUGUAUCUUUAUUCGAUGCCGCAAUACCUGGAACGUUACCUGUGCUAAACAGAAGGUGUGUAGAACUAGGAAUACUCACAGCAUCCGCGCUAUCUUGUAAGAUAAACGAAACUUCGAGUUUCGAUCGAAAACACUACUUCUAUGCUGACUUACCUUCUGGCUAUCAAAUAACACAGCAACGCGCGCCGCUAGCUAAUGAUGGUGUUAUUAAUUUCCAGGUGUAUACACCGGGCUAUCACAAGAAACCAUACAAUAAGAGUUCCAAAAUCAAACAGAUACAGUUAGAACAGGACAGCGGGAAGUCACUUCAUGAUGCCGAGCUAAAACGGAGCUUGGUAGACCUGAACAGAGCUGGUGCACCACUUAUAGAAAUUGUCUUUGAACCAGAUUUGGAGGAUGGCGAGGAGGCGGCGGCGCUGGUGAAGGAACUGGUGCUGAUAGUGCAGCGGCUAGGAGCAUGCUCGGGCAAGAUGGAAGAGGGCGCUCUGCGAGUGGACGCUAACGUGUCCAUGAGAAGGCCCGGAGACCCACUGAAUACACGGACUGAGAUAAAGAACAUCGGCUCGGUCCGCGGCGUGGCGGCGGCGGUCCGACACGAGAUAGACCGUCAACGCGCUAUACUGGAGGGCGGAGGACGCAUAGUCAACGAGACGCGCGCCUGGGACGCCGCACAGAGAGCGACAGUCGCCAUGCGAGAUAAGGAGGUGGUGCAGGAUUAUAGAUAUAUGCCUGAGCCCAAUCUACCACCUCUCCGGCUCAACUUGAAGACCAAAGAAGACAGCAAAGAUGUGAUAAGUGUGCCGCUAGUUCUAGAACGAAUGCCGGAACUCCCAGAAGAUUCCAGGAGACAUCUCAUAGAGGAAUUCAAACUGCGACCAGAGAUGGCCAUACAACUUGUAAACGAACCAUACCUAUUGAAAUACUUCAAAGAUAUUGUUACAGAAAAACUUGAAGCAGCAAAAAUCGCAAAUAUUCUCAUUAAUGAUUUCUUAACUGUACUAAAUAAGAGAAAGAUUAAUGCAGAAACCUGUGAAAUAUCAGCACAACAGUUGAAGGAACUAUUAAACUUGGUUUUUAAGAAGCAAAUUAAUUUGGAUGUAUUCAAGAAAGUUUUAGAAGAACUCUUGGAGAGACCUCGAGCGAAACCCUUAGAUGUAAUUAAAGACAAAGGCUGGUUACUUAUAGUAGACGAGGAUAUAAUAUCGAAAAUGUGCUUAGACAUUCUCAAGAAUAAUCCUGAUUUAGUUAGCCAGUACAAGGGUGGUAAAACCAAGGUUUUUAAAGCUUUACUAGGUGUGAUGGCUAAGGCGUCGGGGAAUAAGUUGGAUAUGUCGAUAGCGGCUAAAAUUAUGGAGGAAUUGUUGAAGAAAUAAAUUAUUUAUUUAU